AACGCCGCAUUGUAUGCAGACGCUUGAAAUGGCUGCGGAAGAUUCGAACGAAGCGAUGACACACCACGAAACGGCGCACUGCGAGAAAUCGGCGGCACCCGGAACCGACAUCUUCAGAGAUACACCGGUUCGCUUGCUAGGCUAUGCAAAUGAAGUAGGAGAAGCCAUCCGGUCCCUAGUUCACGUCAACGUCGUCCGCCUGUCCUAUGCUGUAGCAAGUGCCUACGUCGUGGUCGACACAACAGACAAGGUCUUGAAGGCAGACAAGGUCAAGUGCCCCGAUGCUAAAGCCCACUGUAACAAGCUGUUCAACACUGUCGUGAACACACUGGUGUGGCAAGCGUUGGACUCAGUCAUCAUACCUGGUUUCGCAAUCAACAGGGUGUGCACGCUGUCUCUCUUUCUGCUCAAGCACUACUCGAGCAUGCCCCUCAAAGCCUGCAAGUGGACUACGACCGGCGUGGGUCUGGGCUGCAUCCCUUUCACUGUGUCGCCCAUAGACCACGGUGUUCAUGCGCUCAUUGGCAAGACGCUCCGUCCGUGGUUGCACGCAAAGGAGUCUUCCGACUGACCAUUUUCUUUUCUAGUGUCAAGCAAUACCUUUUACUAGUUCAAAGAUCUUUGCAAGAUGCUCAUAAAACAAAACGUGUAUGGACACAUUCGAAACCCGCAGUAAUGAAAUCACUCUCCGACGACAUGUCUCAGUGUCCCAAGCGAGCAAGUAUUCAAUGCGUGUCAUAUUUUCGAACGAUGGAACUUUUCUAAGCUGCAAUAUCACCCAAAAAAACGGAAGGAAUGUUCUCCCACACCAUUUGGUUACACAUUUUCUGUUCCCACAAGGCCAGCAUAUUCCAAAAUGUGCUCGUAUAUCUUUGCUUCACGUUUAAAUUGUGAACAAGUACAGCUGCAAUGUGCUUGCCUAGGUGCUUUCAUAUUUGCUUAUGAAAUUGGAACACUGCUGAAAGCGGUCUGGUGUGCAAGACAUUGCCUUCCCACUAUGUUGCUUGUUUAGUGCAGUUCUUCCUCCUUUUUUUUUUUUAAGUGUUCAUAGCCACAUUAGAAAGUAGCAACUCAGCCGUCCAAAUUAUCGGCACAGCAGCUCGCUGUUUGCUGUUCUCAGGCUGCCGGGUACAAAUGGUUUUGCUCGCGCUUGUAAAGUUAAGGUUUGCUCGCGC